CCACCGGCCCGCACCGCCCCCGCGCAGGGCGGGAGCCGCGCGCUUAUUCGGCGGGGAGCAGCGCGGCCAGCCGCCGGCUGCCGCUGCGGGAUGCUGCGCUCCACGUCCACCGUCACUCUGCUCUCGGGCGGCGGCGCCAGGGCGCCCAGCAGGAGGGCAAAUGUCUGCAGACUGCGGCUGACCAUACCCCCCGAGAGUCCAACCUCAGAGUCAGGUGAAAAGAAGGUUGGAAGAAAAGAACAACACCUUGACCUAAGCAAUGGGGAGCCAACCAGGAAACUUCCUCAGGGUGUUGUCUACGGCGUGGUGCGGAGAUCGGAUCCAAAUGAGCAGAAGGAAAUGGUGGUUUACGGGUGGUCCACCAAUCAGCUGAAAGAAGAGAUGAACUACAUCAGAGACGUGAGAGCCACUUUGGAAAAAGUAAGGAAGCGAAUGUAUGGAGACUAUGAUGAAAUGAGACAGAAGAUUCGACAGCUCACCCAGGAAUUGUCAGCUUCCCAGGCUCGGCAGGAAUAUCUCGAGAAUCAUGUCCAGGCACAGUCGUCGGCCCUGGACAGUUUUAAUGCCACGAACUCAGCCUUAACGUCGGACUCCAUCGGCCUGCAGAAAACCCUGGUGGAUGUUACUUUGGAAAAUAGCAGCAUUAAGGAUCAAAUGAGAGAUCUGCAGCAGACCUACGAAGCAUCCAUGGGCCAGCUGCGGGAAAAGCAGAGGCAGCUGGAGGUAGCGCAAGUUGAAAACCAGCUGCUGAAGAUGAAGGUGGAAUCCUCCCAGGAAGCCAACGCCGAGGUGAUGAGAGAGAUGACCAAGAGGCUGUACAGCCAGUACGAAGAGAAGCUGCAGGAAGAGCGGCAGAACCACAGCGCUGAGAAGGAGGCUCUCCUGGAAGAAACCAAGAAUUUUCUGAAAGCUAUUGAAGAAGCCAAUAAAAAGAUGGAAGCGGCAGAGAUCAGCCUCGAGGAGAAGGACCAGAGGAUCGGAGAGCUGGACAGGCUGAUUGAGCGCAUGGAAAAGGAACGUCAUCAGCUGCAACUCCAGCUCCUGGACCAUGAAACAGAAAUGUCAGGGGAGAUAAUGGAUUCUGACAAGGAAAGGUAUCAGCAGCUGGAGGAGGCGUCUGCCAGCCUCCGGGAACGGAUCCGGCACCUGGACGACAUGGUGCAUUGCCAGCAGAAGAAAGUCAAGCAGAUGGUUGAGGAGAUUGAAUCAUUAAAGAAAAAGAUGCAGCAGAAACAGCUCUUAAUAUUGCAGCUUUUAGAAAAGAUCUCUUUCUUAGAAGGAGAGAAUAAUGAACUACAAAGCAGGUUGGACUAUUUAAUAGAAAUCCAGGCCAAGCCUGAGGUGGAGACCAGAGAGAUUGGAGUGGGCUGCGAUCUUCUCCCCAGCCCAACAGGUAGGACUCGUGAAAUCUCGAUGCCUUCCAGGAACUAUACCCCAUACACACGGGUCCUGGAGUUAACCAUGAAGAAAACACUGACUUAGGCACCUGGAGACACACACUUUGUACAGAUGGACAAAAGCCCUAGAACCAUGUGGCUUGAGGUCUGGGAAGGGUGACUACUGCUUCCUCCUAUACAAGUUUCAGCCACAAAGACUGCUGAGGUCCUGAUCUACUUCUAAAACAUGAAGGAAAAGUGGGGGAGGGCAGGAAAGAGAGCUUUCAAGGUCAUAUUUCAAACACCCAACCAUGCUUUACUGGGCCAUCAUUAGCUUUCCGAGUAGACACUGAAAUUCUGUCAGGAGAAUUCCCUCACAAUUCAUUUUCUGGUUUAUUAGCCUUUGGUUGGGAGGAAAAAGGGCAUUAAUUUGAAAUUUCAUGUUAUUCCCGCCAGGAUCAUUUGUUACAGCAUGAAGGUUUUAUUCACCCAUAAAAGUAUUAGAGGUGGUGUUUCUCUGGUGCCCAGAAGCCUGUCCACAGGCGCAGGGGCACCUGGGGAGACCUGACCCUGCCAGGGAAGGGUCCUCUCUCUUGGUGUCCAGGAUCUGUGUGGGGUUGUGGGAGCCAUGGGUGGAGACUGGCCUCCUGCAGGCACAAGUGCCUCAUUCCGAUGUGCUAAUCCCUUGGUUUAAUUUGUGCCUUAUGCCUUCAUGGGGCUCACCGAAAUCAGUGUAUUUAUUUCACCUGUGAUUUUUCUUUUUCCCUUUCUAACUGAAAGAGAAUUUUGUAUGUUGUGGACAUGUAAUCAUUUAAUGUUUUCAGUAUCAAUUGGUGUUUCUGUUAAAUGAAUAAUGUGUUCAUGCAUGCUCUACUUUGAUAUUAUAACCUAUGUCACAUAUGUUUAAUAAAUGCCAUAUAUUUUGU